AUGCUCCCAACCCCUGGACUCUAUCGUCAUAGAAGCGGAUUCAUUCCGGAUUAUCUCAGGAGAGCCAUAAAAUACUCGCAGAUGGACCUUGAGAACGCGUCGUGGCAGAUGGUCACGUUGUGUAUCGACCCGAAGCGCGUCUAUAAGCACACGUGCUUCCAUAAGCAAACGAAGAACCAGUGGGCAAGGGAUGACCCUGGUUUCACGGUCUUGUGUAUAUUCUUCCUGUUGGUUGCUGCUGUCGCAUACACCAUUGCGUUCCGAGUCACAAACCCUGGAGCCUUCAUAAGGCUGGUCCUUGGGGCUGUUUGCUUCGACUUCUUGUUCGUUGGAGCUCUGCUGGCGACUCUUACAUGGGCCAUCGCCAACAAGUAUUUGAGGGUCAGGACUCUUCACAGUGUGGAGCAGAAGGUGGAAUGGUUGUAUGCUUUCGAUAUCCAUUGCAACGCUUUCUUUCCUCUGUAA